AUGGCAAACCCCCAAACAGUCGCAGACAUCAAUACUCUGUCAAAUUUUCUCAGCGAUAACCAGCAAGACCUUUCCACAACCCCACCAGUCGACUGUAUCGUGAUUUGUGCCUCUGCCGUUCUACAUGGUGCCGAAGUACUCUUCAAAACCCUUCAACAAAACCCAUCUCUAACCAAAACCCUCGUGCUCUGCGGAGGCAUCGGACACUCAACCGAGCUCAUAUAUGAUGCAGUCCAAGCGCAUCCGAAGUUCUCCCGCAUCGCAAAGGAAGUCCAGGGUCUCCCUGAAGCCGAGGUCCUCGAACGAAUUCUGAAUGAAUUCUAUGAUCGCUCUUCGAUCACACAGAGUGGUUGUCAGAUCUUGAUUGAAUCUAGAUCUACGAACUGUGGCCAGAAUGCUUCAUUCUGUCGCAAGGUGCUCGAUGAUGCAGGGCUACAGCCUGCUACAUGUAUCGUAAUUCAAGAUCCUACGAUGAUGCUUCGGACCAAGGCUUCAUUUGAAAAGGCUUAUGAAGACUUAUCCGUUGCGAUCAUUAGCUGUCCUGUCUUUGUACCACUUGUACAAUUGCAGAUCGGAGAGCUUGAAUACUCUGAUCGAACACCCGGAAAACCGAUCCCGUUGGAGCAGCUGUGGUCACAGAAUCGGUUUUUGGAACUGAUCAUGGGCGAGAUCCCGAGGCUGAGGGAUGAUGGAGAUGGUUAUGGUCCACGGGGACGGGGGUUUAUUCCUCAUGUGGAUGUUCCUGGUUAUGUUGAGGCUGCUUGGUCCCGGCUACAAUUGACAUUGAGGGGGUCUAGAUAA